CGAAUACCUUCAAAACUUUAAUCCCUUUUUAAUCGAAAAUAAAUUAAAGUUGAUAACGUUUACUUCAACGGAGAAUCUUUUAUUUCGUGCGGUUUAAUAUAAUAACAACUGCUGUUUAUAAUUAAAUGGAACCAAUGCAAGAAGAUUGCCAUAAAACUAAUUCUUUUAAAAGUGUGCAACAUUUUCCAGAAAAUUUAUUUUCGCGUAAAGAACUACUUCGUGAAACUCAACGUUUUUUAAAUGAUGUAAACAAGUCACCUUUAGUGUUAUAUGGAAUGUCGGGUGUUGGAAAGACACAAAUUGCAAGAAAAUAUUGUGAAACUUAUUAUAGCUUCUACAAAAACUUUGUUUGGAUUGACGCAGCAUUUGGAAAGUUACAAAUCUCAAUGAGAAACCAAUGUCAAAUAUUAGGAUUUGAAGUUCAUGAUAUCAAAGGUAAUUAUUUGAAUAUAGAAGUGAUUGUUGAAAAAGUUCACAACCAUUAUAAAAAUGAAAAGACUUUGUAUAUUUUUGACAAUGUCGACGAUGAAAGUGUUAAAAACCUGACCAUGUACAUUUCAAGAAAACCGGAUUCAUUUACGUUGAUAACCUCCCAAUGGAGAACGUGGUCGAAUAAUGCAAAUAAAAUUCUAGUCGAUGUUUUUACUUCAGAAGAAGCAUUCGCUUAUGUAAAAAAUAAUAUUAAAGAAAACGCCGAUGAAAACAUAAGAAACUUAAUAAAAGAACUUGGUUAUCAUCCGUUCGCUAUUACUCAGGCAAUAAAAUAUAUAAAUAUACAGAGAAUUUCGAUAGAAAAAUACGUAGAACGAUAUAGAUUAAAACCAUCAGAAAUAUUAGACAAUAAUAACUUUCCAACCGAAGAAGAACCAAAGUCUGCAAUAAAAGCAAUUAACUUAGUUUUAAUAAAAUUAGAAAAAAGUAAACCUUUUCCAUUUAAAAUAUUAAACUGUUUAUCUCAUUGCGACGGUCAAAACAUAAGUAAACAGUUUAUAAUCGAAAUUUCAAAACAAAUGGAAAUGAACGAAGAAUAUGUAAUAGAUGAAGCCGUUGGGUUACUAAUGAGUUAUUCUUUACUAAACUGUUUUGAUGAUGAAAAAUAUUCAAUGCACGAACUGACACAGCUGACGUGUAGAUGUUUUCAAAAUAGAAAUUCAACUACAAAUACGUAUCUUAGUUUAAUAAAAAAUUAUUUUAAAUUUAAAUUGAAUGAAGUAAACGAUCACAUGGAUUACGGAAACCAUUUUGUUUUCCAUUUUAUCUAUAUGUUUCGGAUAAACAUAAAAAAAUUUUCAAAAACCUUUCAUAAUAUGACGACAUCUAUUGAAAAAUUAUUAGUAUGUAAAGGUUUGUUUGAAGAAGCAAUCGAAAUAUUAAAAAGUAUUCAAAGUUUUAACACAGAAACUUAUGAUGAAAAUAAUAAAUUCACGCUCGAUACAAAAAAUAAUAUCGCAAACUGUUUGUACGCUAUGGGAAAAUAUAACAAAGCUUUAGAAAUUGAUUAUUCUGUUGAUAAAAUACAAACUGAAAUUUUAGGAAAAGUUAUAUUAGCUCCUCUUUCUCUUUAUCCGCCAUUGUUGACUGGUUUAAUGACAGGAAACCAUGUUGAUCAUGCUCUGUAUAUCUAUGAUCCUAAUGCAGCAGUGUCAUUCAGAAUGAAACAACCUGGUAAUGAUGGUUGUAUACAUGAGUUAAUGCAACUCUUGCAAACAUUAGUUAAUCAAGAAAACCCAUUUGCUCUUGCAUUUAAAAACAUGGCAGAAGUAGAGGAUGAAGAAAUCCGCCAAGCAGCUUUAGAAGGUAGACCAACCUCUGUUGUAAGAAUGUCUUUGCUUGAAGGUCAUGAUAGACGUCGAUACAAUCUUCCUUCCCAUUAG